UUUGUGGCCACUACUCUAAUAGACUAAUUUGGCAGUGCUUUUCCGUCACUCCGAAAGAUGCCUUUUUAAUACGCACGAUAAACCCGAGAUGUUUCACUCCCGAGAGUCUCUACCUCGUAAAGUUUUGCCAACGCGGGACUUUCCAUCUUCUUUAAAGAGCGAAGGUGUGAACGCGCAGGUCGCGCGCAGUAAAUCCGAUGCGCGCGCUCGGUGACUCGACGCGGUUUGAUUCCGCCUGUGUGUGAAAAUUCGGGAAUCAAUGGACACAUUCGGCGUUAUCGUCGCACAGCACGAACCGCUCACUUGAGCGUCUGUUUCUGAGAGAAAAAAAAAAGCAAAGUGUACUCCGAAAGCAGCGCUUCGAAACGGAACCAACGUUUUAAACGCGGAUACUGUGUAAAAUAAAAUCAUCGUGCCACGAGGAGGAGAAGGAUCAUCAUCCGUCCGAAGGACUGCAAAUCCAGCCUUUAAGUUUUUCUUCUUAGCGACACGAAAAAGGGAGCAAAAUGCCCAAGCCAGUCAAUGUCCGGGUCACCACGAUGGACGCGGAGCUGGAGUUUGCCAUCCAGCCCAACACCACUGGCAAACAGCUCUUCGACCAGGUGGUGAAGACCAUCGGACUGCGAGAAGUGUGGUACUUUGGACUUCAGUACAUGGACAGCAAAGGAUACCUCACCUGGCUGAAGCUUGACAAAAAGGUCGCCUCGCAGGACGUGAAGAAGGAGAACCCGCUGCAAUUCAAGUUCCGUGCCAAGUUCUACCCGGAGGAUGUAUCGGAGGAGCUCAUCCAGGACAUCACCCAGAAGCUGUUUUUCAUGCAGGUGAAGGAGGCCAUCCUCACCGAUGAGGUGUAUUGCCCACCGGAGACCGCUGUCCUACUGGCCUCCUAUGCCGUGCAAGCCAAGUACGGGGAUUUCUCCAAGGAUGUCCAUCGUGCCGGAUAUCUGACCUCUGAUCGCCUGCUCCCCCAGCGUGUACAAGAGCAACACAAGCUGUCCAGGGAGCAGUGGGAGGAGCGUAUCCAGGUGUGGCACGAGGAACAUCGUGGAAUGCUGAAAGAGGAUGCCAUGCUGGAAUAUUUGAAAAUAGCACAGGAUCUGGAAAUGUAUGGAGUCAAUUAUUUUGACAUCAAGAACAAAAAGGGAACAGAGCUCUGGCUGGGAGUGGAUGCCCUUGGACUCAACAUCUAUGAGAAAGAUGACAAACUGACUCCGAAGAUUGGAUUUCCCUGGAGUGAAAUUAGGAACAUCUCCUUCAACGACAAGAAGUUUGUCAUCAAACCCAUUGACAAGAAGGCUCCAGACUUUGUGUUUUAUGCCCCCCGCCUACGCAUCAACAAGCGCAUCCUGCAGCUGUGCAUGGGCAACCACGAGCUGUACAUGCGCCGCCGCAAACCCGAUACCAUCGAGGUGCAGCAGAUGAAGGCGCAGGCCCGUGAUGAGAAGCACCAGAAGCAGAUGGAGAGAGCCCAGUUGGAGAAUGAAAAGAAGAAAAGGGAAGCCAUCGAGAGGGAGAAGGAGCAGAUGGAGCGGGAGAAGCAGGAACUCAUGAUGAGGCUCUACCAGUUCGAGGAGAAGACCAAGAAAGCGGAGAGAGACCUGCAGGAGCAGAUGCAGCGUGCCAUGCAGCUGGAGCAGGAGCGCCGGAGAGCUGAAGAGGAAGCAAUCCGCCUGGAGACAGAGCGGCAGGCUGCCCUACUGGCCAAAGAGGAGCUGGCCCAGCAGGCCCAGGACCAGAUGAAGAGCCAGGAGCAACUGGCUGCGGAGCUGGCAGAACACACUGCCAGGAUCGCUCGCUUGGAAGAGGCCAAGAAGCUCAAGGAGGAGGAAGCCAACACAUGGCAGUACAGGGCCCAAGAGGCCCAGAGCGACCUGGUGAAGACCAGGGAAGAGCUGCACAUGGUGAUGUCUGCACCACCUCCGCCACCACCGCCACCCGCCUAUGACCCCAUGGAUGACAACGAGCAGGACGAUGGCGAGGAAAGCAACAGCAGCUACAGCGCAGACCUCCAGAACGAGGGCAUCAACGACCACCGCAAAGAGGAGAGCCGCAUCACCGAGGCCGUAAAGAACGAGCGUGUGCAGAAGCAGCUGCUGGCCCUGAGCUCCGAGCUGGCCCAGGCCCGAGACGAAAGUAAGAAAACUCAGAAUGACCUGCUCCACACAGAGAACGUGCGUGCCGGUCGCGACAAGUACAAGACCCUGCGACAAAUCCGGCAAGGCAACACCAAGCAGAGAAUCGACGAGUUCGAGGCCUUGUAAAGGUUCCGCCCCGGGGCUCCUCCUCCUCCUCCUCCUCCUCACCCUUUCUGAGUGGUCACUGCGCAAAGUCCACCAGCAGCAACACUGUAGAUACAACCACUACUCCACAGAGAGAGUGUCCUCCUGCAGUACAGCGAGGCCAUGAUUGAACGAAGCACUGUGUAAGGGCUUCAGAUGGAGGAACUGAGUGACGUUCAGGUGCCAAAUAGUGUUUCCUUCCUUUUCUGAGCAAAUCCAUGUCUUUCAGUACUGUUUCUCUUCUGACUGUAUUAAAAAUAUAUCCUGUUUUUUAACCUUCAGAAAAGUGGGUGUGAGUGACUUGAGAUAUUUCGUAGCCAAACAGUUUGCCACAGUGACCAGUCGCUACUCAGUCAGCUUGUCAAUAUUCACUGUUUUUUAGAUGAUGCAAAAGGACUUCUUUGAUCUGCCGGGACCACUCAGAAAGGAUAUACAGUAUGAAACUCAAUCUCUACUUGCAGAAAAGUGUAUGUUCUUAUUUUACAUUAUAUUUGAACACUUCCAUUUGUUUAAUGUUGCUAUACUCAGAAAUCAGAAAGAGGUGAAUAUUUAUAUGUGGGUCAUUCCAAGAAAAAAGGGUAUUUCAUUGUUCUAUGUAUAUUUUUGCUGUUCCAUUAUAAUGACCAAUUUAAUUUGUAUCAUAAAGAUCCUUUAUGAACCAAAAUAAUGGUAGUAUUGUGUUCAGUAUAGUUUACUUGAUUAAAGGAAUUUAUUUGUAAAUUAUUACAAUUUAUUUUUAUGUUUUAGUUGCAUGUCAUUCAAUCAGGUUAAGAAAUUCCUAGGUACUUUUUGAUUUUGUUAUGCAGUUUAUGGUAUCAGCAUUUCUGAGUAAAUAUAACUUUCCAACACUUAAGGUUAAUGCACACUUUUGUUCUUCUGUUUAAUAUUUGUAUUAGCGAUCACAGCACGGUGACUGAGAAAUGCUUAAAGUGUCAAGCGUUGUGGUUUAAAACACCGAAAGGCCUACUCACAUGGCUUCUUUCAAUCCUGUAGGAUUCAGAAUACUGCAGUCCUAUAUAGAAACUGCUGAAAUUUGGUUUUUGGAUUGUGUGGUUGUGUUGCUGCAGAUCUAGAUUUACUGGCAUUGUAACAACCCACAGCGUUUGGGCAGCAUUGCUUUCUUUCUGGAUUGCUGUCCUUUAUUUAAACAUUUUUUUUCAUGAAGUGUUCUAUAUAUUGGCAAUAAAGAAUUGCAACAACCUUGUUCCACA